AUGAAGCCGGCAUGCCUGUUCUUGGGCGCCAUGGCCCUGCUCUUUCUGUGUGGCCGUUGCUUUGUCCUUGGCACCUCCAGUGGUGACCUGCGUACCUUUGUGGGCUGUGCCGUGAGGGAGUUUACCUUCCGGGCCAAGAAGCCAGGCUGCAGGGGCCUUCGGAUCACCACGGACGCCUGCUGGGGCCGCUGUGAGACCUGGGAGAGGCCCGUUCUGGAACCCCCCUACAUUGAAGCGCAUCACCGAGUCUGCACCUACAACGAGACCAGACAGGUGACCGUCAAGCUGCCUGGAUGUGCCCCUGGGGUCGACCCCUUCUACACCUACCCCGUGGCUGUCCGCUGUGACUGCGGGGCCUGCUCCGCAGCCACCACGGAGUGCGAGACCAUCUGAAGCGGACGUGGCCCGCCCCACGCAGCUGCGCCGGGAGCCACGCGGACCCCGCUCCUGUGCAGCGCAAGCAGCGCCACCCCUGGACCGAAGGGUGCUUGUUUCGCUGUGCCUUGGAGAAGGUCACCUGCCUUCCUUCUGUCCAGCUGAGGCACGGGGCGCAGAGGCAGCACACCUGUGCUAAAAAUGCAAAAACAUUUGAGCUUUCACCAAGAUCAUUUCUCUUGCUCACACGUUUGCACGUUAGUUUUCCUUUGCCUUGCAAAGUUUCCUUUCUUUUCCUUUGUCUUGGGUCGUAAUUUGUCUUAUAUCCCCUGGCACCCCUCGAUAUGGACUGAUGAUAUACCACAUUUUCAAAUGCAUUGGGUCUGUGUAGGAAACGGGGCCGGGAAAUCUGAAAAAAUUCACAUUCUAGUUAACCACUGAUCUCCAGCUAGAUUUAUGAUUAAAGGGCUAGAAAUGAUCAAAACCAACACACCAGCAUUUCUGCCUUGAAAGGAAACCCAACUGCAAGUUUCCUUAGAGAAAAUUCUCCCUUUCCCUUUUAACUGGGCAAUUAUCCUCACGUGAAAUAGCAACUGCUCAGACUGACAGAAGGGAAUGGACAGAGAGACUAUCUCCAAGUCAAAGGUGUUUGGAUUUGGCUAGUUCAUUCCCAAGAAAAAUUCCUUACAUUCCCUUAAGAUCGGUAAUACAGGAGCUACUUUGUCAUAAAACAAAUGAACAAGCGCAGAAAAAAAAUAUGAAAUCAGAAGGUAUCAUUUUGGCUUAAAAACUUCUGAGACAAAACUCACGUUUUUAGAGUGAUAGUCUCACAAAGAGCUUGCAAAAUGGUCAAUUUCAAAUACUCUUCUCUAUUGAGCAUAUUUUAAAUGUAAACUGUAAUCUCAGAGAGUUAACAUGUCUGUAAGGGUGAGGCUGCAUUGCCAGCUCGGAGGGAAGACGUCUGUGACUGUCCAGCUCUUGGCCCCUGCUUCUCUAUAUCUUGCAGCUGCUGAUUCUGUGACUUAAAAAAAAAGACACCUCUAGUUUUAUGCAAGUGUCUUUGAUUUUGGGGUCGGAUGUAACCUUGUUCAUUUUUAUAAUAUGCCAUGGAA